AUGCGUUUCACCACCUUGAUCGCCUCUGGCGUUGUCGCCGCUGUUGCUGUCGCUCAGUCUUCCACCAGUACCGCCAGUCCUGCUGAAUCAUCCAAAAUGGCCUGCAUCAAAAACUGCAACCCGGGUGAUGUGAACUGCCUGGCUCACUGCGAUGGUGUUCCGUCACCUAACAGUCAAAACAUUGCGAACAAUAACGAGUGUUCCGCCAAGUGCUCCCAGGGUACCGGCAGCCCGGAAGACACGAAGAAAUACGGAGACUGCCUGGCGCAAUGUGUCCAUGAUAACUACCUCGUCUCCGGUCAGGGAACUCCCCAAGCCACCGGCGCCAGCGGCAGCGGCAGCGGUAACGGUAACGGCAGCGGCAACGGCGCCUCUGGGUCCGCCCCUGCCUCUGCCCCUGCCUCCGAGUCCGGCUCCGGCGCCGGCGUCGGCGCUGGCUCUGAGGCCACUGCCACUGCCACUGGAGCUUCCUCCUCGGGCACUGCUACCGAAGUGGAAUCCGGAUCUGGUUCCGCCGCUUCUACGAGUGCUUCUCCUUCGGGCUCUGGCGCCCGCUCUGGCUCUGGCUCCCAGACUACCGGCUCCGGCUCCGGCUCCGGUACCCAGACUGGCACCGGGGCUUCUGCCACCAAGUCAGGCGCCGCUUCCGGCUUUGCCGUUGGCUCUUCUGGCGCCUUUAUCGGUGCCCUUGCCGCCCUUCUUGCUCUGUAA